AGGAAACUGCUUGAGAAGCGUCGAGGACGGACAGGUACGUACAAGCAGUAGGGAACAGGGUGAUUGAAGGGUGGGAGUCCAUAGUGAACACAACGGCUUGAGAGAGUGGUGGGAGAGAAGGUGGUACGAUGUGGGGUAUCGGUCAAGUGGUGGGAUGACGAGCUGAAAAAGAAACAGGGGAAUGUAGAGAAGUCUUCAAGCAGUACCUGAGUGAGGCGUCUGAGAAGAGUUGGGGAAAGUACAGGGCCAAGAGAAAACAGGUGAAGGGACUAGUGAAAAAGAAGAAAAAGUGUAUUUGGGACGAAGUAGUGCAGAAGGCCAACGGAGGCCUGGAGGGAAACGUCAAGCAGAUGUGGGAAUGGAUUGGUGGAAUGGUAAAAAAGACCGCGCAAGGGAGGGAUACAAGGGUCGCAACUUUGCGAGGUGUGAACGGUGGGUCAGCAGUGGGAAGGGAAAAGGGGAAGUUCUAGCAGGACAACACAAGAGACUUCGAGUGCCCUCGGAGAAUGAUGCUUCUGACCCAGUGUGUAAGAAGGAGGUGAACGCAUGGGCCCAAAAAGAAGAAGAGACAUCGAAGGCAGACGUUGGGAACGUAGAACUAGAAAAGGAGUUCACUGAGGACGAGGUUGAGGCGUGUGUGAACAAGCUGAAGUGCCACAAAGCAGCAGGAGCGGAUGGGAUAGUCAACGAGUUCAUGAAGUUUGGGGGGAAGGGGAUGAUCCAGCUGAUGGUACUGCUAUACAAUUGGGUGUGGAAAAACGAGUAUACGCCAAGUAGAUGGAGGGAAGGAGUGGUUGUGAACUUGUUUAAGAAAGGAGACAAGACUGACCCAGGAAACUACAGGGGGAUCACACUGUUGAACACAGUAGGAAAAGUGCUCUGCAAGCUGCUGAACCAUAGGACAGUGGGAGUAUUGGAGAAGGAACAUAGCAUGAGUGAGGGCCAGGCAGGUUUCCGCAAGAAGAGGGGGUGCGUAGACCACGUGUUCACGGUAGGGAGAAUCAUCCAAGGUAGAAAGAGGGCGGGAAAGCCGACGUACUGCUUCUUCCUGGACGUGAAAAAGGCAUACGACACCGUGUGGAGAAAUGGGUUGUGGAAACAACUGUCCAAAUACGGGAUCAAGGGGAAAAUGUGGAGAGUGCUGAAGAAGAUGACAGAGUGUACGAAAAGCGCGGUCAUGCUAGACGGAGAACUGUCAAAAUUCUUCGACAUUGAGCAGGGGGUCCCACAAGGUUGCACGCUGUCCCCAACAUUGUUCCAGGUGUUCAUCAACGAUCUGUUGGAAGUCGUAGAGGCAGUCCGGAAGGGAGUAAAAGUAGGGGACACGGAAACGUCGGUUUCAGGAAUGCUGUUUGCGGAUGAUUUUGUCGGUAUGUCGGACACCCCUGAGGGACUGCAACUGCAAAUUGACGCGGCGAAGAAGUUUACUGAUAAGUGGAGAUUGUCUGCCAACGUUCAGAAGAGUGCCGUCAUGGUAUGCAACGAGAACAAGGAGGAACCAGUAGAACAUAGAUGGAAGUGGGGGAUCGAGGAGAUUGCAGUAGUGGACCAGUACACAUACCUCGGAGGAGAGAUCGCAAAAGACUGCUCGUGGAAUGCACACAUGUCCAAGGUAGCGGAAAAGGGCAAAGCACGAGCAGGGAAGCUGCACCCAAUACUCGCAAACCGGCACCUCGAUACACGCAUCAAAUUGACGGUUUUGAAGAGCGUAAUCGUACCGCCGCUAGAGUACGCCGGAGAAGUAUGGGAAGGAAAUAAGAAGGUAGUGAAAGAACUCGAGGCGGCGCAGAUGAAAGCAGCGAAAAUCAUCCUAGGAUGCUCCACGCGCACAAGUAAUGCAGCCGUGAGGGCAGAAUUGGGGAUCCAAUCCCUACGGUCGGGAAGAGACGCGAGGAAGCUGACCUGGCAGUAUCGCAUGUGCGGGAUGGGAGAGGAGAGGUUGCCGAGAAUUGUAUGGGAGGCGAAGUGGGCAAACAAAAAGAGGGGUAGACAACCCACGGAAUGGGUCAAGGUUGUAGAGGACGUAUGGAAGGGGCUCGACAUCGACGAAGAUGAAACGCUGGAAACGGAGGGUUUACAGGGGUUCAAGGACAACAUAUCUGUUGCUUGUGCCGAGAGAGAAGAGCAGAAUACGAGAAAAGAAUCCAAGGAUGAGGAGGGUCUAGAAGUGUACGGAAUGUUGGAGGAAGGAGUAGGGUUCAAGGACUACCUACAUGGACCAAUGGAUGCAGGAACAAAGCUUAAGGUCAAAUUCAGGACCGGGGACAUAGGCCUUCGAGAACGUCGACGAAGACAUAGGACGGUAGACGAGGAAGACGACGAGUUCAAAUGUGAUUGCGGCUUCGAAUGCGAAGACCGUGUUCAUGUAGUCGCGGAAUGUCCGUUGUACAAGAAGGAGAGGGAAGUGUACGUGACUGAGCUGGGAAAAAUAGAUGCAACGUACAGGGAGAUGUUUGAGGCAUGGAAUAGAGAGGAAAGGACGAUAGCUGCACUGGGGCAUAGGUGGUGGGUUGAAAAGGCGCGAGGGGAUAUCGUUAGGAUAGACAGACUAGGGAAGACAUUCUUGAGCCACCUUUGGCAAAGUAGAAAGGAACGAUUGGCCAUCGGUGACGGUCCUGUGGGAACAAUGCUCCGUCCUCUCGAGGACGCGUGGUCAAUGGUCUAACCGCUAAGGCAUGCAAAACAUAAGAGUACGCCCCCCUCC